AAUCAUAUUAGACAUUUUUGGUGGUGCUACUCUGCUAGACACUAUUGUGCUUUUAGCAUUUCUAUUUCAUAAAUGUUUUUUUGGUUCAGAACGAAUGGUCCUUUUCCUCAAUAGACUUAGAUGAAGUAGGGCCACCAUAAUCACAACUGGCAAACCAACUAUUCAUAUGGAAAGUGCCAGAUCUUGAUUCGAGUUACUGAGUUAAGACAGUUUUAGGUUGAAGAUAAUGACACUUAUUUGAUAUUGCAUAGUAGAUUUUGUAUUUGAGAAGGUUUGCCUACACCGAUUGAUCCUACAAUCUGGCUGAGGAUCGCACCGAUAUUUAUCAUCUGAGAAUGUCACAAGAUUUUCAAUCUAUUGUCCACAGUGGUGUGGGCAAUCAUAUAUUGAUUGACCAUUCUGUUCAGGGAGUAUGUGCAUCGUGCCAAAAAAUCCUUUCAGAAGAUAAUGAGGCAACUGAUGAUCUGGAAACGAUUUGCAUUUGUGGUGAUUGUAAAUUUUUGUACUCUGAAGAUCUGGAUACCCCAUCACGUGGAUCUCGUAGAAGGAGACCACUAAGCCAAAGAAGAACCAGGUAUAGCAGUAGUGAGUCCUCAGAAAAUACUUUUUCGCAACAAUUCUCACAUGUGAUUAAUCUGGUGAGGCAAAAUCAGCCAACCAUCUCUGCAUUUGAGGAUUUUCUAGGAGAAGGUGAUCCUAUUGGCAAGUUAUUGCAUCAGACAAGUUCUCGUAAUAGUCCAAGGUGGUCUAGAAGAUGGAGGCGGAUGCUCAUUCCCUCUGAUGCUAAAAGUGAAGAUUCAGAUAAUGUGGAUUCUUUAUUUGCUGAUAAUGAAUCUAAUGUCAGUUUUGGAUGUCACAAGACAUUACAAGGUGACAAUGAUGUCAUUUCUUGUAGUACUUACGGAGGAGACUAUGAUGCUUCAGAAGAUCUCCAUGGCUUUCUGGACUCAGAGAUGUAUACUCAAUCAAUAGAAGGUAGUGAUUUCGACAGUGACACUGAUAUUGAUCCAAUGCAUGUUGGGCUUAAUCUUUGGAACUCAGAUGAUCUAGGAAGUGGAGGAGAAGCAGAAGACGAAGAAGAUGGUGGUGAGUGGGACAAGGGCCAUGCUGAGGACGACAUGAUUCCAUCCCCAGAUGCCAGACCUCGUAGUAGGAACUUUUCAUAUUCUAGUCAAAGUGAACGAAUGGCUCAUUCUGAAUCUGAUGAUACUAUAAUUUGGGAAAGUAGGGAAAGCAAUCAAACAUAUGCCCAUAACAUCUUUGCGAACUUAGAACCAGCUUGGAUGGCUGAUGUUGGACAAUCUACAAAUUAUCUUGAUGGGAGAGGCUUGGAAGAGCUUCUUCAGCAUCUGGUUGAGGAUGACAACUCAAGACAUGAAAUGCCACCUACAGAGUUAUCUUUUACGAAUAGCCUACCUCGUGUUAUCAUUAAUGAGGAGCAUGAGAAGCAGCUUGAUGGCGUAGCUUGUGCAAUUUGCAAGGAUAUGCUACCGAUUGGUGCUGAGGUGAAUCAACUUCCCUGCAAACAUCUCUAUCACCCUUCAUGUAUAUUGCCAUGGUUGCAGUCUCGAAAUUCAUGCCCCCUUUGUAGAUACGAGCUACCAAUUGACGACAAAGAUUAUGAAGAGGAGAAGAGUGACACUAGGAGUAGAGUGGAAGUGGAGAUCAGCACUCGCCCCCAGAAUGUACCAGAGGACUAUAUCUCUGUACGAGGUAGCUUGUUCUCUGACAGAGCAGAGGAAGAAAUAGAAUUUAAUGAGGGUAGAUUAGAGCAGAGAGAGCUACAGGAUGUGGAACUAGAAUCAAAUAGCUCUGGAGAUCCGAGUAGUAGGAGAAGAUGGGUUUUUCUUACAGCUGCUCCAGUUGUCGGUCUUGUGGGCAUUUUUUUUGUCUUGUGGUUAGGAAAUCUUGGAACAGAAAGAAGAGGUUCUUCAAUUGCCCUUCGACCCCUUCCACAACAUAGCCACCAAAAUCUCGAAAUUACUGGCCCCUCAUCCAACGGUAGGGAGAAUAAGAGCUGGAGAUGGUGGUCACUGUUCUAAACAAUUAUUUUUAAGUAAAUAUAUUAAUUUAUAUUUUAUGCUGAUGCUUUUUCUUCACAUCUUGUUGGCUGGAGACUUUUAUGCUACUCUUGUGGCUUAGAUUUGGCUAACACUUGACGUAUUACUGUGUUUUCUGCUUAAAUGUUGCUUCUUGCAGUCGCAAUACAACGUGGGUUGAAUAAUGAAGAAUUUAAAGACUAAUUAGUUUGACUUUCUAGCAAUUGAUUUUUUUUUUCUUUUUUGUAAA